AUGCGGCUCCUGAUGCUUCCUGCGGCCCUGCUCUCCAUCCUUAUCCUCCACAGUGCAGCCGUGGCCCCAGCAGGCAGCGUGGCCUCGGCCCAGCUGGAGCGCUGGGUCCAUUCAGGCCUCCAGUCGCUGCAAUGGGACCAGCUGGACUGGUGUCUCCGCAUGUCCUCCCUCUCUGAGGCCGAGUGCAGGCGGCUCACCCACCUGCCACUGUCUGCUGUGGCUGUUUACAUGUCGGAGCCAAUAGGUAACUCAGACAAAGUUGUGGCAAUUCUGCCAGACUCCUCAAGUGGAACAGUGGGCUCCAAACCACGAGGAGGUUUCAGCAUCAGCCAGGUGAUAAACCAUGGGGAGCGACCCCACAGACAUCAGCCGCCUUUCCCCGGCUCCAUGGCCCACGAUGCCGUGCUGGUGCUGGAUCCGAGCCCCGGGGAGAACUUUGGACACCCAGUGGUCCUCUUCUAUGUGGAUGUGAAUGUGACAAAGAAGAGAUGCUCCCACCUGGAUGGCAUUUACCUGGGUGAGGAGUGUUUGACUCUGGCUUUGAAGGGCCACUGUCAGAACCAGCUGAAGCGUCGCCAGUGGCAGCCGUGGGCCAUUGGAGGCCUCUGUGAGGUCCACUUCCUCCCACUGGUGGUUGGAGUCGGAGACAACAACCGAACACAGAGACUCAGAUGUGUGGACCAUGCAGAGUUUGCAACGUGCCCUCAGCUACUGCCAAUGGGCUCUCCCAGUGUGCCCACCUCCAGCUGUGAGCUGAAUAAGAAUACCAGACGCUGCCACCAGCAGCCGCUGGCCACUCAUCUCUCCUGCCGGCUCUACCAGACCUGUGACCAUGCUGUGCUUAUCUCAGGAGGCUGGCAGCAGCAGAUGAUGUUCCAGCGUCACAUUCAGAACCUUCAGAUGUUCUAUAAAAUGCUCCAGAACAACGGCUUCCACAGUGAUCACAUCAAGACCUUCUUUGCCAGCAACAGACAGCUUCCUGAUGAUGUAGAGGGUGUGUACUCAGCAACGGAGAAAGCAGUGAUUCGUAACCACGUGUCGUACAUCUGCAGGAAGCAGCACUGUGCUGACACGUUGGUGCUCUACCUGAACUCACCAACAUGUAGUGACGGCACCAUGCUGCUGUGGGACGCCAACCUCAACGGGAUUGCUGAUCUGAAGGAGCGAUACUCAGUCAGCGAGCUGCUGACUGACCUAGCUGGCUGCAGGGCAACUCGCGUUUUGCUGUUUGUCGAUCAGAGCUACACUGGUGUUCUAUCAAAGAGGCUGCGAGGGUCCCAGAAACACCUCAAUGUGGUUCUGAUCCAGAGCCAAACAUGGCAGACCCACAGCCACCAAAACCAGAGGUUGAGCCAAGGUUGGGAGGACAGCAGCUGGUCCCGUAUCAGCUCUGCCACCUGCCUCCUGGACCACCUGGGGAAGGUGGCAGGGAUGUCUCACAUGGUGCAGCCGUGGGCUGGCCUUUUAAAUGUGACAUUGGCGGGCGCUCCCUGCAAUGCCACACCACCUCUGACCGAUAGUGAGAUUCGGAGAGAGUACCAGGGCUGCCAGAACCUGCCGACUGCACUCUGGCACCAGAAACACAGGAGAACCAACAUCGAGGGAGAGAGACCCUGAGACUGACUGGGAGAGAGAGAGAGAGAGAGCGCGCGAGCGCCUGAGCAGAAAACAAAUAAAAUUAUGGCGACACACAGAAAACAAUCACAGGCUUUUGCAUCACACACAUGCAUCUACGCUAGUGUGUGUUAAAUUAGGGCUUUAGUUUUAGCUUGGUGAAAACUGGUUUUCUGUCCUCACUCUGAACUCAGACUGUAACCAUGGCGAUGACAGCUCAUCCCAGUGGGAGUGUACUGAGCACCAUGUAAACAGCGUGUGUGGUUGUGAGUUCAACAAGAAGACAACCUCUGUCAGAGACCAUCACUAGCUUCUACUCGGGUCACUGUGUGUGUAUGUGUGUGUGUGUGUGUGUGUGUGUGUGUGUGUGUGUGUCUAUGCCUCAUCUCCUGAGAACUUUAACAUUUCAGUCAAUCAUCUAUCUGUUUGUUUUAUGACAGUUAUUUCUUUGUUCUUCUCUCUUACUGUAUGUCCCUCUUCAUUUGGUUCUUUGCUCUUUCUCUAUCAUGUUUCUUUCUUGCU